CACCACCGACAGACAGACAGACAGACAGACUGCAUCCUGGACGUGAGGACACGAAAGUGAAGUAUGAGUGAGUACAUUUAUUCAGUAAACUGACAGCCUGAACGAGACCAGCAUGAAGACUGUGACUGGAAACUGAAACUGAAAAAGCGUUUUACAAGGUGUGAGGAUGAACACAGAGAACCAGAACGCAGAGGACCAGAACACUGACGGUCCAGGACAAACAACGUCUAAAUCAGGCCCUGUUUUCCUCGGCCUGUCUCGCUGUGACAACUGCUACAAACAUAAGGCCAUCUCUUGGAAGGGGGUCGAUGGCGAGUCCAGCUCUUCAGAAGGCUCUGGAGCAGAGGUGGAGUCAGAAGAAGAAGAGUCUAGCUCCAGCAGCAGCUGCUCUGAGAAGGAUUCAUCAGAAAUACUUGAGGAGUCUGAAACAGAGAAACCCUCUCUUGAAUCUGGAGACAGUGAGGAGACGUCGGAGGUCCAGGAAGAUAAAAGCAGCACGAAGGCAGCGACCCAAAGAGCUCCACUUGUCAAGUCUUUCUCCCUGCCGGCCUCUUUCACUCCUCGCCUCACUCCUCUGUCCCUCCUGCCCCGGCCUCAAACUAUCGUCUCCACCCUCAACCUACAGGUCGAGAAACACGACCUGGAUGCUUUCCACAUCGUAAAACAACAGCUGACUGAGGAGGAGGAGAGAACGGAGGGAGGGCGAGGAGGAAUCAACAAUCAGAGGUCAAAACCGACAUUACAGGAACGCCAGCUGUCAUACCAGUACCAACAACAACCACAUCAGCACUUUUAUCAACACCAGCAACAACAACAACCGCAACACUUCUCUCCUCUCUCGGCUCAGGGUCAAAUGUUACCACCACCCCUGCACACACUUCCUGUGUUACACCACCCGACACUCAACGCAGCUCAAAGAUAUCCCCAUCCACAGCCAUGCAUGUACUGCAGCAGUAUGCAGCUUCCUCACUCUCCACACUGCAGUAAUGGACAGUUACACAGAUAAUGAGCAUCAAACUUCUUUUUAAUUGAUUAUGGAGGUAAUGAGUUCAAUGAAAUGUUUGUGAUUGUACACGACGCAUCAAAGUCUUUCACAAGUUAUAUAAACUAUGAUGACACUGAAGCUAUUGUGGAUCAUUUUCCAGUUUUUAAAAGAGGAUUAAACCAUUUCUUGUCAUGUUUGUACAAACUCUCUGGUUGACGGACAUUCGAAGGUCUGUGUUGCUACGGGACACGCUCAACAAUCAACAAGAUGUUGGUUGGGUACCAUUGAAGAUCUGUCCUUUUACAACGUUCAUUAUUUUGGGAAUAUUUGUCAAGCUCUUGGGAAGAAGAAGCUACUUGGCUUGAGACUUUUCUCCUGAUAACCAUGGGGGAGGUUCUGGAAGAACACUUUUCUAUACUUUUGACUACUUGUUUUACGAAAAGGAGAAACAAAAGAACAAUCAAACAUUAAAUAAAGAACCAUACACUUUCUUUUGACACUCCAACAGGUUGAGUACAUUUGGGAUAA